AUUUCCCUAUGAAAUCACACUGUUUUAUCGCAGAUGACACCUGUUUAGUCAUUCAUUCUGUUCACCAUGAGGGAACAAGUCAGACAGGUCAGAUGAGAGCAAAGUAGUCAAACUGAGGCAGGUCGGAGCUACACACCAAGAGAAAAGACCAAAGAAGGAGACAUUUACUAUUUCUCUGCUAAACUUUUUGUGACAAAAUGGAAGCUCCAGCCGCAUUCAGGAUCAUCCUUCUGGGGGAAAGUCGGAACGGGAAGAGCAGCCUGUGCAACACCAUUUUCGGAGAAGCCAUAUUUGGCGUUAAAAAUUUUAACGACAUGAAUUCCUUUGCUACCGAAGCAAAAACCAAACUCGUCAAUGGAAGAAACUUUACUUUGAUCGAUACCCCUGGGCUGUUCGACUCAGGCAGGUCUCCGGAGGCCGUGAAACCCGAGUUACUGAGGUGCAUCAUAGAGUGCGCUCCAGGCCCUCACGUUUUUUUGAUCGUUCUCAAAGUAGAUAAGUACACCGAGCAGGAGGAAGACGUCAUCGCUAAAAUACGGAGGUACUUCUCUGAUGACGCCCUGAAGUACGCAGUGGUGGUCUUCACCCACGGUGACCAGCUGCCUGAAGGGAUGAAAAUCAAACAGUAUGCUGAUCAAAGUGACAGUCUAAGGGAACUGGUGGAGAAGUGUGGCGGUCGCUGCCAUAUUUUUGAUAACAGAUACUGGCAGAACAACCAGAAAGAUGACUAUAGAAGCAACAAGUUCCAGCUGGUGGAGCUGCUCAACACCAUAGACAAGAUGUGGAUGGAGAACAGAGGAGGACACUUCAGCAAUAAAACACUCAAUAACAUUGAGAGAGAAAUGCAAGAGGAGAUAAAGCUUCUAAAACUGUCUACAGAGAACAUGUCAGAGGAUGAAAUGAGGCAGCAGGUAAAAAGUAUUGUCCUAAAAAGGCAUUUGGAGGAAAACUUUUGGCUAAAAGUUUCAGUUGGUGCGGGUUUACUCGCAUUUUUUAUCAUCUCCAGAUUAAACCCAACGUCAAACAUAACAGAGGAAUCAGUUGUGGAAGCAGCUCAAACCGUUUUACAUCAGAGAGCUGAGCAGGCAAUACCAAACGCAUUUGAAGCUAUCUGUGACUAUCUUAAUGCAUUAUUUGAAAGAACGUACAAUCCUUUCUGUCCGUUUGACUAGUCAUCAAGUGUUUUAGAUUCUUUUUGCCAUUAGGAUUAUGUGACUAUGUACUUGUACAUAUGUGUCUUUGCAUUUUUCUCCCAAAAUAAAACACCUUGACUAUCCU